AUGGAGAGGCCCCUCUCCUGCUCUGGGCGGCGCGGGGUCCGCGAAUCCGGCGGUGGUGGAGGACCGGCGGCCAGCAGGGUCCCCUUCUCGGCGUAUCGUUGCGUGGCCUCCUCCGGCGAGGCUUUGGCGUCCGCGACGGCCUCCCCAUCACCGGCGGCAGAAGAAGGGCGCGGCGGCGGCAUCCAGCCAGGCAUGAUGAAUCCCCCGCCGUCGCGCAUCGCCGCCAUUGCGACCCCUUCCCCGUCGCUCAUUCCUCCAGGACUGGCGGUGAUUGAAUUGGGACCAGCAAAGAAGCAAGUUGAUACUGAUGAACUUCAAAAGACCAAACAGAUGCUUGAAAAAGCUAAGCAAGAAGUCAGACAUAAGGAUGACUCUUUGAGAAAGCUACAAGGGAAAGAUCAACUGCGCAAGAACUUGCAAGAAAAGGUAAAAGAGCUUGAGGGUCAAAUAGAUUCCAAGACACAUUCUCAAAUGACAUCAGAGAAGCAGCAGCUUCAGCUCUCAGGAAAAUUAAAGGAGAAAGAGGAAAUGUGUACUGCCCUUCAGCAAAAGAUGAAAAAUCUGGAGCUCAAGUCGAAGGAACAUAUACGAUCACUUGAGUUGAAGAACAAAGACCUGGAGCUCAAGUUGAAAGAAAAAGAAGACCAGCAAUCUGUUGCGGAAUUAAAGAACUCAGAGCUGGAGCCCAAGUUGAAGGAACUAGAACACCAGCGGAACAAAGAGGUGGAGCUCAAGUUCCUGAGGAGCUCAAAUUCCCUGAACACGCAGCAGCCUUUAAUUCCUAAGACUGCUGAAGCGGUGGUGAAUGAGAAGAAGAGAAAAGAUGAUGCAAGGAACGCAUCCAUCGUUGGUGAACAAGAGAGCAAGAGGCUAAAGAAAACAGCAGCCAAGCCUCCUUGGGUUGUGAAGAAUUUGGAAAGGUCAAAAGCAUUGUCAAGGGCUGCUGCCGCUGCCGCAGCCGCUGCUACACACAAGUGGUGUAGCAUUGCAACUUCUGCAUCCUGAAUGUAGCUAAUCAUAUCGGAGAAGGGGAAACUGCAGUACAUGACGUGUCGAUGUGAAGCUCUCAUGCUAAGGUGUAUGUUCCAGUUGCAUGGUUUGAGGCCUUGCCUUUCAUGAUGGCCAUGGAGAGGUGAUCAAGGGAAAAAGGAGAACUCAGAAGUUUUCAUGGGAAAAAAUUAACCUCAAUUAAGUCAUGGUGUGGCUGCAAAUGUUCUUGAUGGCUCGCUUACCAUGUUUUUGUCGAAAUGCCUGUCACUAUGUGGUUGAGAAAGAACAUUGUGUGGUCAAAAGCAAGUUCAUAUAUUUUACUUACCAAUAUUCUUUUGACAAGUAAUUCCUAUUGCCUGAUGGUCAUCUGAUCUCCACUAACAUGCCAAACCUGUUUGGGCACAACACCCAGGUUCAUCCUGAUGGUUGCAAAAUCAAGCCUGAAGUACACACAGUGGAGUGAUGUCUCAGUAAGCUAUGUUUAAAGAGAAUGUUUUGGAGUUUGGAACACAUCUUUUAAUGUAUAUCUAUUUCUUUUUCAGUGAACAUUAGUUUGGCAGUAUUAGUUAGUUUAUUAUACUCAUAUAAUAUGUUCUGAGUAUGAAGAUGUAAGCACAUGGUUUUUUGGUGUUGGAGUUUGGGGCUGUAUUAUGCAUCGAGAGAUGAAAUGAUAAAAUGAGAAACCUUAAGUGAAUAAUGUGGAGGCAAUUAUAAUAAGCAAAAGAGUUUAUUUUUAUUGUU